GGGACGGGGCCCGAGUCAGAAACGAAUUUUUAAACCGGAACGAAGUAAACGGAAAGUUUGAAAAAAAAAAAAUUCAGAUCUGGGAUACCGAUGAGCCCUGCUCCACCGAGUUGCUCUGGUGGGUGGUGGUGGAGGUGGUGGGGAACGCUGGUGGUGUGGAGUUUGAAAAAGGGCUAGUUCGUAACUCCCGAUUGUGGAACCGACUGGGGUUGGGGGAUGGCGGGUGGAAGCCGCGGUUGAUUGCAAGGGAGAAAGGGAAGACGCUUAGUUUUGGAAACCCUAUAGACAAAGAAUCUGCGGGACGCGGAGGGGUAGCUUUAACUUGUCCUGCAGGCAAGUUGGGGUGUCGAGUGAGGUGAAAAUGCGGAGCCUGUGGGCGCGUUCAACCCUUGUCUGCCUGACUUGCUUCGGUCGCCACUGCUCCACUUUUCUCUCCGCUGCUUUGCCCUGAAACUUUUAAAGAACAACUUCAGAGAGGGCUGUUGGAAACUGUGGCUGGGUGUCAUUCCUUUCACACUUUCUGGUUAUUUGAAAGGAGGCAGUAUGCUCGGGGGAGGGGGACGGGGAGCAGCCAUAAAUAAAACUGCGCCCUCGAACUUAGCGGUGCACCAGACCUCGGAGUGUGUGCAUUUCUGGAGUGCACGUUUACACUGGAGAUUAGGAAUGCGGUGACAUGAACUGCUGUUAUCUUUAGCCAUGUAACUUCUCUCUUUCUUUGGUGUGUGUGUUUAAAACCAAACUGCAAACAUUCAUACAGCCAAGUGAUGUACAAAACUUCGAGGAUUUACUGCAACCUCUUAUGAAUGGCUUACACCGAGUACCUUUAAAUUUACUUGCAUUGACUUGUGGGGAGAGGGGAGGAGGGGUAGAAGCAGAAAGAAGGAAAACAGCUUGGCUUCAGCGAGGCGCUAAGCUUUCCUGUUUACCGCAAGACGGGGCGGACCCGCCUGCCCACAUCUCGCUGCGCCCUUGGACCCCGAGCACACCUGCUCCCAGAGAGUUAUAAAUAGAGUCCAAAAAAUGACUUGAGCUGUCAAAUGAUUUUCGUGCACAUCUAAUUUCUUGCAUGGAAAUUAAGAGGUGGUGCUUGUGCCCUUGAGCUUGGCGGGGGUGGGGGAUAAUGUGGGGCGAGGAAAGAUGUGUGCGUCUCCACCCUCAGACUGGCGGUUAGGCUCCUGUGAAGAGCAACUUAGGGUGGUGGUGAGCGUACAGCUUAGAAGGUGGCCGCCUUAGAGAAUCUCUCGAAUGGAAAUCAGAGCGUCGAGGGUGGGGCGAAGAGGCUGCGGUUUCCGAGGCCCCUCUCCAGGCAAGGAAAAGCUACACAAAAAAGCCUGGCUUGCUCCCUGCACCUCCUCUGCAGUGAGUGACAGCUCUCGCCUUAGCCUCGCCCCCUAGCGUUGGUCCGGAGCCCAGCUCCCGGUUCCCGGCUCCGAGGCAGGACAGGCGCUGGCACCAUGGGGCCCACCAACGUUCCACUGGUCAAGGCCCUCCGCACCUCGGUCUCCGACUACGUCAACUACGACAUCAUCGUCCGGCAUUACAAUUACACCGGGAAGCUGAAUAUCGGCGCGGAUAAGGACAAUGGGAUUAAACCGACGUCCGUGGUUUUCAUCCUCAUCUGCUGCUUCAUCAUCCUGGAGAACAUCUUUGUUUUGCUGACCAUUUGGAAAACCAAGAAAUUCCACCGCCCCAUGUACUACUUUAUUGGCAACCUGGCCCUCUCGGACCUGCUGGCAGGAGUGGCCUACACCGCCAACCUGCUGUUGUCUGGCGCCACCACCUACAAGCUGACGCCGGCGCAGUGGUUCUUGCGGGAAGGGAGCAUGUUUGUGGCCCUGUCCGCGUCGGUGUUCAGCCUCCUGGCCAUCGCCAUUGAGCGCUACAUCACCAUGCUGAAGAUGAAGCUGCACAACGGGAGCAACAGUUUCCGCUCCUUCCUGCUCAUCAGCGCCUGCUGGGUCAUUUCGCUCAUCCUGGGCGGCCUGCCCAUCAUGGGCUGGAACUGCAUGAGCACGCUGUCCAGUUGCUCCACAGUGCUGCCGCUCUACCACAAGCACUAUAUCCUCUUCUGCACCACCGUCUUCACCUUGCUUCUGCUCUCCAUAGUCAUCCUCUAUUGCAGGAUCUACUCCUUGGUCAGGACUCGGAGCCGCCGGCUGACCUUCCGCAAGAACGCCUCCAAGGCCAGCCGCAGCUCUGAGAAAUCGCUGGCACUGCUCAAGACGGUGAUCAUCGUCCUGAGCGCCUUCAUCGCCUGCUGGGCCCCGCUCUUCAUCCUGCUGCUGCUGGACGUGGGCUGCAAGGUGAAGACAUGCGACAUCCUCUUCAAAGCCGAGUACUUCCUGGUGCUGGCUGUGCUCAACUCUGGCACCAACCCCAUUAUUUACACUCUGACCAACAAGGAGAUGCGCCGGGCCUUCAUCCGGAUCAUGUCCUGCUGCAAAUGCCCCAGUGGAGACUCCGCGGGCAAGGUCAAGCGCCCCAUCAUCGCGGGGGUGGAAUUCAGCCGCAGUAAAUCGGACAACUCCUCGCACCCCCAGAAGGACGAUGGGGACAACCCCGAAACCAUCAUGUCUUCUGGAAACGUCAACUCUUCUUCCUAAAACUCACAGCUGACAACCCGUGGGAAGCACUGUGACAUGGGUCGCCCACCACCCCCAGUGUGGUACCGCGACUAGCUGCCGGGGAGGAGCUGCCGCGAGCCAAAGGGAGGACGGGGGAGAACAGCAGAGUGUGGUGUGGCGUGUGGUGCUGGCGGAGGUUGCGUUGAUGCCAGUGAACAAUGCACUGGGAAGGGUGGAGAUCAGGCCCCGGCCUGGAGUCAGCUUCCUUUCCUGUGGAGCUUUGAUUUUGCACUGAGCCAAAGGUCUAGCAUUGUCAAGCUCCCAAAGGGUUCCAUUGGUCCCUCCUUACAAAGACUAACUGUCCCCAUGUGAAAGCCGUCCCUUUUGUCUGGAGCGUCUUGAAAAGAUGUUUUCUUUCACCUUAGUUACAAAUCCAAGUGAGCAUGUGCACUUCUGCUUGUCUCUGGGAUGCUCGAGCCAUCUCUCCCCCCCCCCCCACCUCUCCUCAAACUUCUUUACUUUAUAUUUUGGCUAUAUGGUAGUCAUCAGAGCUGAAGUUGUGGCCCCCAGACCAUUGCUUGAUGAUGUGCUGCGUGGGGGCUGAUUUGGGUAGGUAGGCAGGAAGAUGGAGUGGGUGUGGAGAAGUAAAGCAAUUUCAUUUGCUGAGGCCAAAGUUUCCAUGUAAGCUGGAGUUUUCUUUUUUAAUUUGGUGAAGUCACUUUGAUUCUUUUUUUCUGAUAGCAAAACAAUGGCAUUUUUACGAUGAAAUGUGUGUUACAGCAUCCUAUGCAUUGUGGCUGUAAUCUAUGUGAGGAAGUCCACUUUAAAUGGUAUCAGCCAGGAUCCUUAGUGCUAGAGGAGAAACCAGCAAACAAAACAAGGUGAGAACAGACUGGGAAUUAACUUCUGUAAACCAAGAGAGAUUUUUUAAUGACUUUUUCUAACGAAUACAGCAUCUGUCUUUGGCACUUUUGUUGAUGUUUAUUUCAGUGUUAAGCGAUUCAUUUUAACCAACAGGAUGGUGGUAUUUUGUUGUGUUAAAAGAACUCUUUAUGAUUUUUGAAUGUAUUUGUUUUAGCAGAUGUCAUCUUAUUGGAGUUUCUAACCUGUGUUAACACCAUUGAAUGUGUAGUUCUAAGACUAUACCAUCCUCAUUUGCCCUUGAAAGCAUUACAUUAACUGAUAGGGAACAGCAGGACUUUUUUUUAGUACAGAUGUUCAUUAGAUAGUAAUUGAAGAUGUGUAUAAAUGUUACAAAGAAUAAAAAUAUAUUACUGUCUCUUUAGUAUGAUUUUCAGUGCAAUUAAACCAAGAAAUGUCUUUUUAAAAAAAUAGUAUUUAAUAGGUUUCUGACUUUUGUGAAUCAUUUUGCACAUAGCUUUAUCAACUUUUAAACAUUAAUAAACUGAUGUUUUUUAAA